CUGAAAUGUAUUCAGCGGAUCAGAUGCACAGGGUGUACAAAAUCCCAACGAACGACUUGACGUACAUGUACCAACAAUACAAAUAAACCACAUCAGUUGCCGUGACCAUUGUCUGACCCUCUAACGCUUGGCAGUAUUCAAAACACAUCAUGGCAGCGAGUACCCAGGUGGAUAACAAUUCAUUUGAGAACGCGACAAUGUCUAGAGAACCGUACGUCCUUGAUUUGACAAAUAUGUUUCCGAUUAGAUAUGCUGUGCCACUUCUCGGAUACUUCUCCCCUGUUCUGAUCUUCAUCACCUUGGUAACAAACACUCUUGUUGUCGUUGUGUUACUCAAGAAACACAUGCGUUCCCCGACGAACGCCAUUUUGGCGGGGAUGGCACUGUCGGAUAUGUUUACUGGGUUAUUCCCCCUUCCCGUGUUUCUCUACUUCUUCAGUAUGGGUCAUUAUAAAGAAUAUAUUCCGUAUAACUGGUGUUUUACCUAUAAGUUCAUGUCUGAAUUGAUCCCCACAAUCUUCCAUACUGCUUCGAUCUGGCUCACAAUGGCGCUUGCAAUACAGCGGUACAUUUAUAUCUGUCAUAGUUUCCAAGCAAGAAAGUGGUGCACGAUCACAAAUGUGCUUUACGGAACAUUUGCAAUCUACGUCAUAGCUAUUCUGAGCCAGCUUUCACGAUUCUUUGAUUUCAACUACAUACCGACCAAAAUACCGUCAAGACUGGAUCCGAACCGGACAAUGACUGCGUGUGAAGAAGUAAUGCGUCCUUGGGUGAGGGAGCACGUGGAUUUAUAUUACAAUGUGUAUUACUGGUUCCGGGUGAUCUGUAUACACCUAAUUCCGUGUGCUUUUCUUGUGGUUCUCAACGCUUUGCUCAUCUCAGCCAUGCGUACUGCUCAGCUUCGUCGAAUGCAGCUGCUGAAACAAAACAAAAAGAGCGAAAGCAAGAAAUUAAAGGACAGCAACUGUACCACUCUCAUGCUCGUGGCAGUGGUGGGCCUGUUUUUGCUGGUAGAGUUGCCGCUUGGAAUAAUUAUGAUAGUAAAUAUCAUAGACAAUACUUUUUCUCUUGAAAUAUUUACAGUGAAUGAGACAUAUGGUAUCAUGAACUUGAUAUCGAAUUUUUUUAUCCUGUUGAGUUAUCCUUUGAACUUUUUUAUUUACUGCGGGAUGUCUCGGCAAUUUCGGGAAACGUUCAAGAGGAUGUUCACAGGAGCGCCAAUGCCCAUCGACAGGGAUUGUUCUCAGUAUAUGACGCUGCCGACAGAAAAUGGGAAAACCGCUUUGACAACCGACGAAACAGCACUAUAAGCCUAUCUGCUUUGCUCUCUCAAAACAUUCUGUUUUUGAUGUUUCGCUGUAUUUGCAGUAAAUCUGCAACUUCCAUCGCUGUCAAGUUGACAUUAAAAUGAAUCAGUUCGUCGGUAGGGAUGACACUCCUGAUAGCCGCUGACUAGGGAACCGAGAGGACGAGAAAAUAACAGCAUGCAUACCCUACUGGUACUCGGUUAAAAAGCAGAAUAUACUCGCCGAAGGACGCAGGUAGAAAAGUGAUGUUUGAUAUAUAAUCCUGUUUGUGAUUGUAUUCAUAGUUCCUAAUCGAGAACAGUGAUGCCAUCCCAAGCUGAUACAGGUAAAUGUACUAACUCAUGAAUAUAGGGCGUAUAUUGAAGAACAGGGGGUCGCGGUGGCCGAGUGGUUAAGGUGUCCCGACACUUUAUCACUAGCCCCCCCACCUCUGGGUUGCGAGUUCGAAAUCUACGUGGGACAGUUGCCAGGU